AUGCCUGCUGAUCCACCUUCUUGGCCCGCUGCUUUACCAGCGGUCUUGAGGACCAUAGAUGAGGCGCAGUCCGUUGUCGACAAUUAUUACCAACUGGCUAUCUUUUGGAAAGCCAGCGUUGUUAACAACGAUGGUCAUGUAUCAUCUAUUGUUGGAGAGACUUUCAUCGACGAACCUCUCACAGCCGCUAAGAUUAGAUUUCCAAGAACGGAUAUGUGGUCCUCUAAAGAAGGCUAUUCUCUAUAUGAUGACCAAUUUCAAAGUACAAUUUCUGAUGCCCCCUCUCUCAACAUCAUUUGCCGCCCAAUAAGGCCCAUACGACACAAUUUUGAGUUAAACAGGUUGUGCCAGAUUCCGCUUGAAGUACUAGUAACGAAUGUUGAUGAUGAAAAACGCGUUGCUGAUCUCACGUUGAAAUACAGACCUAAGGUUUCGGAAGCUGUAACAUCGCUGACUCAGUUGCCUCCUGAAAAUCGGCAGCAGUGGUGGAUUGACAAAGAAGUUGUUAGAUCGGUUCUGAAACAUGGCGAAAGUCACGUCUUCCGUUUUGUUGUCAGCGUUUGCCAACCGUCUGUGUAUGAUGUCGCUGGUUCGCAAUUGGUCUUGGAAGCUAACUUCGAUAACAGUGAGGUGAAGACCUUCAAGGUUCCAAACGCUCUUGCUAUAGUUAGUUCUUCUGAUGGAGGUCAUAAUAAAUAUUUACAAGUUCAUUUUCAAUCUCUGCUAUUGCGGUGCAUUGCCAACUCUUAUCUAACUUUUUCGUAUAAUUCUCGUAUAUAUUUGCGAACCGCUAUUGAUCUACUCGCUUCAACUCCUAUAGGAAUGGCGUCGCAAACUCAAGGAAUUCAACAGCUGUUAGCUGCUGAGAAGAGAGCUGCCGAAAAGAUCAACGAUGCUAGGAAGAGAAAAUUCCAGCGCAUGAAGCAAGCCAAGCAAGAAGCUCAAGCUGAAGUAGAGAAAUACCGUCAGGAGCGCGAGCUUGAAUUCAAAAAGUACGAGCAGACUUACCUUGGAACUAAAGAGGACACUGAAAGCAAAAUCCGUCGUGAUACUGAGAAUGAGAUCGAAGCUAUGAAGAGAAAUGUAGCUGCAAAUAAGCAGCAGGUUAUUGUUCGUCUGCUACAGCUGGUCUGUGAUAUUAAACCAGAAUUGCAUCAUAAUCUUAUUCUUCAGAAGAAGCUUCAUGGCCAAUUCUCUUAA